GAAUUUGGCUUUACGCGAUAAGAAUGAGACUUUCAUAAAGAGCUAUCGGUUUGGAAAUACUUAGAGGAUACGAUCCUGACCCCGCUAAGCCAGAACUUUUAUCGAAUCGCCCUGCGGCCGGAUAGCUCCUAGGCUUCCAGAUAGUUGCCGGAGAUAGGGCGUCCGUGCGGAAUGCGUCUUUGUUUCUGGAAACAACUCAGGUGCUCCCUAGGCUAUAUCCACUCUGGAGUCGCUACAAGAAUUCAUAACCAAACAUGCAGUGGAUUUUAAAUACACAAAUCAGUGGAGUAAGGACUUGCCGCCCACUGCGUAAUUCUAAGUAUGUGUAUUGACUGUGAAAAAUGUCCAUAAGGAGCCCAUGACUCAGGGUCCGUUUCUGUUUGAAGAUACCCUGAGGAAACAGGGGUGAUUCCUCUUCUUAAUGUUUUGGACGUCGUUAUACACGUAGACAGAGAAGGUGAUGUUCUUCUGGAGGCCCAUAUUCAUUUAGGACAGUUUUCUGAAAGAUGAAUGGUCUGAUUAAAGUAGAAUAGAAUUGAAGUUAUUACUCCCUGCCGCACAUUUGCCAGUAAUUUUUAAAUUAGUUUGGAAUUUUUAAAUUCUGCCUCCGCUGUUUGGAUAACUGUUUUCUACUUGCCUGUUCUUCAGGUGGUCAGGUAUUCUUCAACAUGUAUUUAUAUACUUUGGCCUAACAUGUUCUUCAGGUGGUCAGCUUUGCCCUCUUCUCCUUGUACACUUCCCAAGUCUGUGGUCAUAAGAAACCUGCCAGCAGUAAUGGAGGACCUUCCUUUCUUGUCCAUGUCUGUUCCAGAUAUCUGGGCAGGGGGAGCCGCUGCCUCUUCUUUCCAGCGCACCUUGGUAAUCCCGGGAGUGACAGCAACGAGGUGCAUUCGGAUCCACAAAGCAGCAUCGAGAAGAGAGGAAGCCUCCUCACCCGUAGGCGGUACGGUAGGUGCCGGAGCGCAGGAAGCCUUGCUUCCCCUCCCGUUGGCUUUGCUCAGCCUAGUGAACGAUUCUAGAAGAGAUAGCUAAGGAUUUAAAAGUGGAGAAUCUCACCCGAGAUGUGCAUCUCGUGACCAGAACCUUGGGCGGGUGCUGAGAAGCCUCUACUGCCAGCCAAGAGAGCAGGGAGAAACAAGAGAAUGACAGAGGAGAUUAGCCGAUAGGCCAGAGGAAGCCCCGAGGCUCCUGGAAUCUGAAACCGCAGUGGAAAUCCUAGAAAUGCUUUUCAUAUAAAUGUAUUUAUCCUGGAUAUAAAUAACGUACGGAUAUUCGUGCAGCCCUUUUGUUUUGAAAAUUCAGGAAGACAUCUGAAUAGGGGCAAAGUUUAUUCCUAAACUGCAGUAGAUAUGGAUGCUGCAAGUAAUUCUCUACAGAUUUAUCGGUUUAGUUUCCAUUAACGAUCUCCCCCCACUGCCAGAAGUAAAAGAGAGCGCCAGGGCAGUAAAUACUCUGGUCGUUUAUUGGAGAAGUCUGACUGCUGGAGCAGCACUGCCACGCUUAGUGGUGAGGAGAGGCAGGGCGCUCAGGGCAAGGUGCAAGUCUUGGAUGCUAAUGCCAGUCCUCUGAACCUGAACCACAAGAGUUCAGCAGAGACCGUCUGCAGGAAGACUUGCCCUCCAGCUCCUUGUCUGCAUUCUUCAGCUCAUCCCUGCUGAUGCAGAUGACACCCUUAGGGGGGAGGUCUCCAUGCUUUACAGUCUCACAGGGCAUUCAGAACAGAUCCAGCAACAGCAGCACUGUCUCUGAGUUUGAAGAGUGACAGUUACGUCCCGGCAUAGAAGAGAAGCCUGGAGAGCGUUAAGAGCCUAUUUCACAAUCCUGCUUGAACUGGAGGUUGAGAACUAAUAUGCAGUACCUGACUAGACUUUCAUAGGGUGUCUAGUCCUGUUAAAGAGCUAAGAACUGUGGUUGCACUAAUCCAAAUAGCCGGACUCAGCAAGUUGCUUAAAGGGAGAGGUGAAAGAUGUCGUGAAGAGUAAUAAACACACAGCCAAACAUCACCGCUGGCAGAUGGAAUUGUAAACUGGGAGCAGACGUGCAAUUACGACGUCACCAGCAAGGGCAGGCUGUCCUCUAGUGCCAGCAUCGGCCUGCAGGUAACCCACAUCCACAAAAACCCUCGAGUUUUCCAGCCGUCCUACCGCAUGGUCCAGGUGACAGGGACCACUUACCCAGAGCCUCUGUUGCACACUUCAGCGCUUCUGACUCGAACUUGGAGCCUAAGCACCUCCUCUUCUUUCCUGACCGUCGACCUGGGUGGUGUUGUCUUACGUGUGGGUGAGCAUAGAGCACGGAGGUGUUCACUGUCGCCUGCGUUUGUGCUGACUCUGCGGCCCAUGACCAGGUUCACCUGGGCUUGCUAUCAUCCUGAGCCUGCCCGUGAUGGUGGACCACCGCUGCAAAAACAUGCAGAAGAUGCGCUGUACGAGGAGCUGCAGCUGGAAGUCAUGUCCCUCAACGAUGGGGGACCAUGUAGUAUGCAGCCCAACUGCCUGGUGCCCAAGGUGGACACUGACUGGGGUGCAAUGCCUGACUGUUCUAUCAGGUACUUCAGACCACUAAUCUGACUCUUGAACCUGACGAUGCACCAGAGCAAGAUGUGCACUGCAGCACUGGGGUGACAGAGACACUGCUGUCUGGGGCUUGCUGGUCACCAUGCUCAGUGAUGGCAGUUGUCAUGCUCCACCAGUCUUUCCCUCCCAUUUCAGGGGUUGUGGCUGCACCUGCGACCACCUGGCAUCUACUGCCAGAGCUAUAGUUUUACCUGCUUGUGGCCUUGGCCUUGAUCUUCCUGCUUUUCCUCUUAGCAGUGACUCUGGCCAUUGCCCAGUGCCUGCGAUGCUCCUCCAACCCUGCUUUCAGCCUGGUCUCUGGUCCAAGCCUGAAUUUAAGUUGCUGUCACUUCAACAAGAGAGAUUUGCCCUAUUUCUAUAACCGAUAUUACAUUGGAUUCAAAGGUAUACCUCUGAGGCUUAACACUUCUGUUUCAUAAAUAUCAACCUGCUGUAAGCAAUCCUGCUAUAAUUUUUUGUUGUGUUGAGGGGCAUGAGGAGAGUUCUCCAAGUCUCUUUGCUAGUUUCUAUGUGUAUUUUGAUUUGUUUCAUUAGCCCAGAAAAUUCCUUUGGGCAAAACUUAAUGUAUAUUCUGAAAAGUUAUGAUUCCUACUAAAGAGAUUUUCCUUGUAAUUUUGAUGGAGGCAGUACAUCUUUAGGUUUCUAUUCUUGGGCUCCAUUAUGCUUGUUGUUGAGGAGCUGAGAAACUAUAGAUUGGUUACAUAGGAACAGAAUUCUCUCCCCAAGAACUUUUCUUGUUUCCUUUCUUUCAUCAUUUUCCAGACAUGGUGCCCAUGGGUUGGCUGCCAGUAUCUGGCCCAAUAUCUGUUCUUAAAAAAUGUCAACGUCUGAAAUGCAGAGAUCAUUCUUUCCUCACUUUUGUGUAAAGAUAAAUAAAUCACACUAAUCCCCAAGACAUUUUAGUUAGUAAUCGUUUACUCAUUUUGCAAUAAGUAAGAGAAGGAAGGAAAUCUAAUUUUAAAAUCUUGCUGUUUUAGAAAAACAACCUCUCUUGGAGAAAAUAUUGUGUGGAUGUAAGACAGUACAUAUUACCUUAAUGUAGCCUCUCUAAAAAUAAAGAUGUGGCCUUUUUCUUUUCAGUUUUGAAAAGUAAUAUCACUACCUCUUGUGUCUCUUAAAGUCUAAAUCAGCUAUUGAUAGGAUAUUUUUCCAGUGAAAUUCCGAGACCCUAGUGUUAUUUUAUUCAAAACAUAUUACUUUCAGGUGAGUUAAAGUUUUUUUUAAAAGCCCAUAUUAAAGGUCUUUUUAAAAGCACAUAGUACAUAGACACUUAAGUAAAAGAGGAAAAGUAAAGAUGGAGUAAAACAUGUCUUUCAAAUUCCAAGGUCUCUGCUAAAUAUUCAGAGCACAAUGGAUAGGAAAUGGGACAGUCCCAGUUUUAAAGCCUUGCUUACACUCUAAAAGUUUUUUUUCCCUUCACUUUCUUUCACUCUGUAGUCAAAAGGCAGUUUUCCAUAUGAUCUGGGAAAUUAUCACAUGGUCAAGAUAUACGACAGGGGUGUUCCCAUCGUGGCUUAGCAGUUAACAAACCCGACUAGAAUCCAUGAGUUGCAGGUUCGAUCCCUGGCCUCGAUGAGUGGGUUAAGCAUCUGGCGUUGCCGUGAGCUGUGGUGUAGGUCGCAGAUGCUGCUCGGAUCCCACGUUGCUGUGGCUCUGGCAUAGGCUGGCAGCUACAGCUCUGAUUGGACUCCUUGCCUGGGAACCUCCAUGUGCCACGGAUGCAGCCGUAAAAAGGCAAAAAAAAAAAAAAAAAAGAAAAAGAAAAAGAAAAAAAAGAAGUAUUAUAGAAGAAGCGGAGGUAGGAAUUUUCCUCCUUUUGUUGUAUUUCCUGAAUAGCAAAUAGGGAAAGCAGAUAGCUUGGGAAGACUGGAAUUCUUCCCAAGAAUUGUAAUGUUGUAACGGAGCAAUAUGUAGAUAUAAUUAAUUAAAUGAACAUAGUCAUUUUUCCUUUUCAUAGUUAUAUUGUAUACUUCUUAGCUAUUCUUGAAAAUAAACUAAGGAAAGAUCAGGUUAACGAGAGGACAAGUUUGUUAUCUAGGAGUGCAGUAACAGUUAGGGCUCUGGGUGUCGCUGUUCACUAGUCUGGGAGAUAGAGGCGGCGCACACGGGGAGGGGGCUUCCGAGAACCUUCAUCACCGCCAGGCUGGAAACAGUCUCCCUGGGGCUGCCGAGAUCCUACUUCUGGACCACUUUGUGCUGUGAAUUCUCCUGAAAAGUCAGCUAAUUUAGACUCAGAAAAGCAGAGAAACAAUCCCCUUGGUGCCGGACUGGGAGAAAAUCACAAAGCAAGAGAGCAAUGGCGAUUCGAGUGAAGGCGCUCGGCGGCAGCAGGCUGGUCCUGCUGUUCCUUUCUCUGGGGCUCUUGUUGGCAGCCCAGGCUGGGAAGAUCCUCUACUCGGUACCCGAAGAGACAGACAAAGGUUUCUUCGUGGGCAACAUUGCCAAAGACCUGGGGCUACAACCUCAGGAGCUGGCGCAGCGCGGAGUCCGCAUCGUCUCCAGAGGUAGGACGCAGCUCUUUGCUCUGAACGCGCGAAGCGGCAGCCUGGUCACCGCGGGCCGCAUAGACCGGGAGGAGCUCUGCGCCCAGAGCGCACGGUGUUCGGUGAAUUUUAAUGUCUUGGUGGAGGAUAAAAUGAAGCUUUUCCCUGUGGAAGUGGAAAUAAUUGAUAUUAAUGACAAUACUCCCCAAUUCCAAUUAGAGGAAGUAGAAUUUAAAAUGAAUGAAAUAACCACUCCAGGUACCAGGAUCCCUCUGCCUUUUGGGCAAGACCUUGAUGUGGGUAUAAAUUCGCUCCAGAGCUACCAGCUCAGCUCCAACCCUCAUUUCUCCCUGGAUGUGCAACAGGGAUCCGAUGGGUCCCAACAGCCAGAGAUGGUACUGCAGAGUCCCCUAGAUAGGGAAGAAGAAGCUGUCCACCACCUCCUCCUCAGUGCUUUUGACGGAGGCAGCCCAGUCCGUUCAGGAACCCUCCGAAUUCGCGUUCAGGUGGUGGAUGUAAAUGACAACCCUCCAACAUUUACUCAAGCACAGUAUCUCACCAGUGUCCCUGAGAACCUGCCUCUGGGUACUCAGCUGCUCACGGUAAAAGCCACCGACCCAGACGAAGGAGCCAAUGGCGAAGUAACAUACUCAUUUCACAAUGUAGACCACAAAGUGGCACAAGUAUUUCACUUGGAUUCUUAUACAGGAGAAAUAUCAAAUAAAGAACCUCUGAAUUUCGAAGAAUACACAGUUUAUCCAAUGGAAGUUCAAGCUCAGGAUGGUGCAGGCCUCAUGGCCAGAGCUAAGGUGCUGGUCAAAGUUCUGGACAUAAAUGAUAAUGCCCCAGAGGUGACCAUCACCUCUGUCACCACUGCAGUCCCAGAAAACUUUCCUCCUGGGGCCAUAAUUGCUCUUAUCAGUGUGCAUGACCAGGACUCCGGAGACAAUGGUCACACUACAUGUUCCAUUCCUGGAAAUCUACCCUUUAAAUUAGAAAAGUUAGAUGAUAAUUAUUACCAUUUGGUGACAGAAAGGACAAUGGACAGAGAACUUACCUCCAGGUACAACAUCACAGUAACAGCAACGGAUCAGGGAACUCCAGCUCUAUCUACCGAAGCACACAUUUCACUGCAAGUGACAGAUAUCAAUGACAACCCUCCUGUCUUCCCCCAAGACUCCUACUCGACCUACAUUCCAGAAAAUAACCCCAGAGGUGCCUCCAUUUUCUCUGUGACAGCUUCCGAUGCUGACAGCGAUGAGAACGGGCAAAUCACUUAUUCCCUGGCGGAGGAUACCAUCCAGGGGGCGCCUCUAUCCUCCUAUGUCUCCAUCAACUCAGACACCGGAGUCCUGUAUGCGCUGCGCUCCUUCGACUAUGAGCAGUUCCGGGAUCUUCAUCUGAGAGUGAUGGCUCAUGACAGAGGAGACCCGCCGCUCAGCAGCAACAUGUCACUGGGCAUAUUCCUGCUGGACCAGAAUGACAACACGCCUGAGAUUCUGUACCCCGCCCUCCCCACCGAUGGCUCCACGGGUGUAGAGCUGGCACCCCGCUCCGCAGAGCCCGGCUACCUGGUGACCAAGGUGGUGGCGGUGGACAGAGACUCGGGCCAGAACGCCUGGCUGUCCUACCGCCUGCUCAAGGCCAGCGAGCCCGGGCUCUUCGCGGUGGGGCUGCACACGGGCGAGGUGCGCACAGCGCGGGCCCUGCUGGACAGAGACGCCCUCAAGCAGAGCCUGGUGGUGGCGGUCCAGGACCACGGCCAGCCCCCCCUCUCGGCCACCGUCACGCUCACCGUGGCCGUGGCUGAUAGCAUCCCCGACGUCCUGGCUGACCUGGAUAGCCUCGAAUCUCCCGCCAGCCCCGAUGACUCAGGCCUCACGCUGUACCUGGUGGUGGCGGUGGCGGCGGUCUCCUGUGUCUUCCUGGCCUUUGUCAUCGUGCUGCUGGCGCUCAGGCUGAGGCGCUGGCACCUGUCGCGUGUGCUGCAGGCGUCAGGAGGCGGACUGGGUGGCGUGCCCGCGUCCCACUUCGUGGGCGUGGACGGGGUGCGGGCUUUCCUGCAGACCUAUUCGCACGAGGUGUCGCUCACCGCGGACUCGCGGGGGAGCCACGUGAUCUUCCCGCAGCCCAACUAUGCGGACACGCUCAUCAGCCAGGAGAGCUGCGGGAAAAAGGAUUUUCUCUCAGCACCUCAAUCUUUACUUGAAGACAAAAAGGAAACAUUUUCUCAGGUAAACUUUUCAGAGUAAAUUUAUCUAGAAAAAAAAUAAUUCCUGAGUUUACUUACUUGCUUUGACCCUGUACUACUAACACGUCUCUAUUUUUCAUAUAUCUUCAUAGAUUUGUCUUUACAGAUCCUGGGAAAUCAUUAUGGUUUAUGUCCAAGUAUAUGUAUAAUUGUUCCUUCAAAAAGGAGAUUGUAAUUAAUCAUGAGUAGGUGGUUGGGCUAAAGAGCCCUGCAUCAGAAACAGAGGUUUGGUGUCUAACAUUUCUUGCUUGCUUCUGGCCAAAAAAAAUGUAUUUUUCUCUGUUUACUGUUCUCUUAUCUGUCAAGGACUGGGUUUGACUAGGAAAGGGCCACCAGUGUGUAUGUGACUCACACUGUUUUCAAAUGUCCUUAAGUUAUAAACAUCUAAUUUAUCCCUAAAUUUAAUGCCCAUGUCAUCUGUCAGGGUGAUGCUUUAUUUGAGGGUAUUUGAUGAAGUAAUGAUUGUCUAAAGUAGUAUUUUUUUUUCUUUUUAGGGCAUAUGUAGGUGCCCAGGCUAGGGGUCGAAUCAGAGCUGUAGCCACUGGCCUUUGCCACAGCCACAGCAACCCAGGAUCCGAGCCAUGUCCGUGACCUACACUACAGCUCACACCAACGCCAGAUCCUUAACUCACUGAUCGAGGCCAGGGAUAGAACCUGCGUCCUCAUGGAUGCUGGUCAGAUUCGUUUCCACUGAGCCACCAUGGGAACUCCUCUUUUUCUUUUUUUAAAUGAUUUUUAUUUUUUCCAUCGCAGUUGGUUUACAGUGUUGUGUCAAUUUUUACUGUACAGCAAAGUGACCCAGUCACACACACACACACACACACACACACACACACACACACAUUCUUUUUCUCACAUUAUCAUAAAGUAGUGUUUUAAGUUGUAUUUUAAAAUUAUAUCAAUAAGCGGCAACUUUAAACUAUUGUUGAAUAUCUUAGCCCUUUGUUUAGUCAUUUCUUUUGAUAUGUUUUAUGCAUGCUCAAGAGUACAUCAAAUGUUUAAGUAACUUAUGAAAUGAAGUAAUAAAAUGAAUGCAGAAAGUUUACUCUGUAACUUGAGAAGUAGUUUGAAGCCUCCUGACUUGUAUAUUGUGCCUAUAAUGUAAACAACUAACACAGGUCAAGAAUAUAUUCCAUUUUAAUACGUGUUAGCUCUUCACAAGAAAUGCAUCACAGAGGGAUAAGUUCAUGCUUUGACAUGCUUACUCUCUUCCAAUAAAUUAAGGAGAUAUAUAAAAUAUAAAAAGAAGAAAGCAGAGGCAUUAUAAGGCACAAAUCAAAGGUGAAUAUACAAAUGGACUGAAGAUGGGACAGAACGUGGUGAGUUGGGCUAAAACUGGAGUGAGAAUUCUAAUCUUGGACUUAGAUGAAGGCAGUGAAGUUUGAGGGAUUGUUCCAGCAGCCUAAUAGGGACAGAAAGACUUUGGGCUCCACAAGGAACCUGAACUAGGCUUACGCUUUGAAUCUAAAAUAAGCAAUUAAGCCCCUCAGCUAUUUACAAAGGGGGAAUCACGUAAAAAUGUUGCCUGCAGUUCCUAUAGUCAGAAUUUGUUGCAAGACACAGACCCAGGGUGUUAAGCAGACACCAAUGCUGGCUUCGGAAAAUGAACACUACGUCUCUCAGGCCUGAGCUGUGAUACUCAGAAUACCACUGUUGAAUACCAAUAACAUGCCAUUUAAAGACCUAGUUAUGGCCUGGGACCUGGUGUCUUCUGGAACUUAUUGCUAAUGAGAAUUUUCUGUCAACAAAUUGUCAUUAUUUUUUAGGUAAUCUUUGUUUUCUCUGGUGGUUUUUAAAAAGUUUCUAUCAUUCUUGCUGUGCGUCUAAGUGUGGAUUUUUAUUUUCUGUUUGGUACCAAGAGUGUACUCUCAAUAACAUAAGUUGUUGUAAC